CCGCCCGCCGCCUAUUAAUCCUCCCGCGCGGCAAUGCCUGCCAGUCGGGCCGGCGGUGGCGCGAGGCUGCCGGUGCUGCUGGGCUGCGAGCGGCCGGGGCGGCGCGGGAGAGGCUGGCCGAGGCGCCACCGCCGUGAGCCCGGGCCGACGGGGCGGAGGAUGGCCCGGGCGCGGGCAGCAUGGAGUCGGCGGCGGGCGGCAGGAACUCGUCGGGCUCGGCCGGCACCAACGGCACGGUGAGCGGAGGCGGCAGCGGGGCCGGCGCGGCCGGCGGGGAGGCGCAGGGCGGGAGCGCCAUCCUGAUCUCCUUCAUCUACUCGGUGGUGUGCCUGGUGGGGCUGUGCGGCAACUCCAUGGUCAUCUACGUGAUCCUGCGCUACGCCAAGAUGAAGACGGCCACCAACAUCUACAUCCUCAACUUGGCCAUCGCCGACGAGCUGCUGAUGCUCAGCGUGCCCUUCCUGGUGACCUCCACGCUGCUGCACCACUGGCCCUUCGGCUCGCUCCUCUGCCGGCUGGUGCUCAGCGUGGACGCCGUCAACAUGUUCACCAGCAUCUACUGCCUGACGGUGCUCAGCGUGGACCGCUACAUCGCCGUGGUGCACCCCAUCAAGGCGUCGCGCUACCGGCGGCCCACCGUGGCCAAGAUGGUCAACCUGGCCGUCUGGGGGCUGGCCAUCGUCAUCAUCCUGCCCAUCAUCAUCUUCUCCAACACCGAACCCAACACCGACGGCACCAUCGCCUGCAACAUGAUGAUGCCCGAGCCCAAGCAGAAGUGGCUUGUGGUCUUCGUGAUCUACACCUUCCUCAUGGGCUUCCUGCUGCCCGUGGUGGCCAUCAGCCUCUGCUACAUCCUCAUCAUCGCCAAGAUGCGCAUGGUGGCGCUCAAGGCCGGCUGGCAGCAGCGCAAGCGCUCGGAGCGCAAGAUCACCCUCAUGGUGCUGAUGGUGGUCAUGGUCUUCGUCAUCUGCUGGAUGCCCUUCUACAUCGUGCAGCUGGUCCACCUCUUCGUCGAGCAGGGCGACGCCACCAUCAGCCAGCUCUCCGUCAUCCUGGGCUACGCCAACAGCUGCGCCAACCCCAUCCUCUACGGCUUCCUCUCGGACAACUUCAAGAGGUCCUUCCAGAGGCUCCUGUGCCUCAGCUGGAUGGACAACGCCACCGAGGAGCCCGUCGACUACUACGCCACCGCCCUCAAGAGCAGGGCCUACAGCGUCGAGGACUUCCCCCAGGACAACUUUGGCGAGGCCGGCAGCAUGUACCGGAACGGGACGUGCACCUCCCGGAUUACCACCCUCUGAGGACGCCGCCCGCCCGCCCGACGGGACCGAGCCGGGGAGGGAGGGAGGAGGAACCACCUGAAGGGGGCAGAGGGGAGGAGAAGCGGGUGAGGAGAGAGCCAAGCGCCCGACGGCCGAAGAAAGACCUGCGUCUCCUCUCCUCCGCCUCCCCCCGUCCAGGGUACCGGGGCCUCCCGCUCCCGCCGCCCCCUCGAGGAAGUAGGCUGUGGGUGACUCUGGUGCUUCUCCGGAGCUGCUGAGUUUGCUCGCCCGGCUUGCGCGUUGCCCCGCUUCUCUCCAGGGCGUCUCAGGUGGGGCGGCUGCGCCUGCUUCUGACAAGGAGAGGGGCGUCGUCGCGGGUGGCUUUGCUCCCCUUGGCCAACAAAAGGCAACAAGCGACACCAGGGAGCCGGCCUGCCCUUGCCUGAUUCGUUUCCACCGGUGCUGAGUUUCUCAAAACGGAGAGGGCCCGGGGCUCUGCACCUGCCCCCGGUCUAAUCCCGUCGUCCCUUGUCUCGGGGCCCAGACUGGAAAGCACUCGGAACAUGCUCAGAGCCGUCCUCUGCUUUUGUUACUUCAUUGGGGGAGGAGGAGGAGUGUUCAAAACAGGUCCGUCGGCGCGCCUUCUGACUUGGUUUCCACUCUUGGAAACCGUCUCCGUCUCCGUCACCAGAGCGCACGACCCUCUGAAUGGCCAUUGUCUCGCCCCCUUUCCCCCAAACCUGAGAAAGUCAACCGCUUCCCGUAACAGGAAAAACAAACUGGGGCGGGGGGGGAUCAUCCUUCAGAAGAAAACUGCCUCUGGGGCACCGCAUAUCCUGGAUGUCUCGAAGCCGCCUCGGGAACAUUAGAACCUAAAGACAGGAGCGAGAGAGAGAGAAGAGCGCAAUUCAUAGGCUAAAUCCGUGCCCCCCCCCCCCCGCCCGCAUUUGUGCUUGCCAUUCAGCAGCGCUCCAGGGGAAACGGCAAUCCAUUCGGAAAGGGAAACGCACCCGGCCUGCUAAAACCCCAGCGAUUAUUUCAUUAUCUGGCGGCAACAGCAGGCUGCUGAUAAGAGCCGGAUAAAUACGCCGCCCCCCCGCCCCCCCCCCCUCGGUCGCCGCUGCCUGUCAAGCGCCGGGCUCGGGGCCCCGAGUAAUGUUUGAUCUGGGAAACGUUUCGCUCUGUGGGUGCAAACAAUAACGGUGUGCAAAUAAAGCUGUUUCCAGCGCUGCGAGCCGGCUGCUCUCUGGGUUGGGUGAUUCUAGGGAGGGCGAAAGAGGGCGGGCUCGGCUGCCCCGCUCAGAACCAAAGGAAGCGGCUGUUCCCGGCGGUUUCCGUUUCUGAAACCAAACCCGAAGAGCGUGUCCCCGUGUCUCCUCCGAGGCCGCGUUGCCACAGCCCACACGACAGCUGCUCUCCUGGAGUUUUCUCCAGAGACAUGCCAGUGACGUCAGGGGGCUUAAGGCUUGGGGAGCGCAGCUGUAAAGCAGCUCUUGCGGUGGUUUUGGUUCUUAGUUGCCUUGUCCAGACGCAUUUCCAAAGGCCACUAGUGGCCCACCAGGGGCGGCUCACAGGCUAGGCGGAUGGAACAAGCUACAGCUAUGCCUACUUGACUGGCUUCAUUGUCUCACAAUCGGAGGCACAGUGCCUGUAAUCUAUGGAUAGCGCCUCAAAGUGCAAUUGCUGUGGGAAACACACACACACCCCUGAGCAAUCAUCAUGGUUUGGAUCAAGGGCUGUACCUCUCUCAGAAGGUUCCUUCCCUAAUUAAGUACAAAGGCAUCCUUGGACCCAUCCCAUCCCAGCGUGUAAAGCUGCUAAUACGGGCUCCAGGUGGCUUAUAACGAGUAGUGUGCCUGGCAAAAAUAGGAUGUAUAUUUCCUAUGUCACUGGGAACUAAAGAGGACUCCAAACAGAAAUACUGACAAACUGGAUCAAAGCAAGUUGCCCACCUGACCAAAUACCCGGUUUCUUAGAGUGGCUAGGAGCAGAUCUCACAAAAACCAACUGUAUGUUUCAAAAAUUAAAAUGGUACUUUAUACAAAAAUUAGCAGCUCUUUCUUUCUUUCUUUCUUUCUUUCUUUCUUUCUUUCUUUCUUUCUUUCUUUCUUUCUUGCACUAAAGCCACAGGAAUUCAGGCAGCCUCCGUUCCAUUUUCAUCAGUCUCUUCAUCAUUAAUUGGGAACACUACAUCCAAGUGUUUCGCUGUAUGUUUGAUUUUUCAGAAUCCGGUUUUAUAAAGUAUGAGCCUAGUAUGUUCUUUUUGUUUCAUUAAAAAAUGUCCUUGUGUGUGGUAGAAAUUAUUCUCUCUGCGAUAGUUUCUGCUGUUUACCAGUUCAGGGUGGUUACGUUCUUAUCAAAGGUUCAGUUUGUUCAAAGCACUUUCUCAGAGGUGGGGAAAGAUUAUUACCAUGGUAGAGGAAUGCUUUUCUGCUCCUUUCAUUUUGGUUUCCUGCCUUUUAUUAUUAUUGUACAUGUUAGGACUGAGAAUUUAUUUGAAAAAUAGCAAUUUAUAUAUAUUUUUGUUCAAAAUAACAGGUUUUUUUUACAAGAACCACAAAUAUACAUUCUGAUAAAAUACAAAGGGGGCAGGCUAAAAAUCAAGAGGGGGCAUAUAGGAUAAUAACCUCCAUGCUCCAUAUCUUAGUGCUAGAUUAUCCUACUAAAUGUAAUUCACAGGUGACCAGGAGCACUUAAAGAAAUGUGUGUGUGUGUGAAAAUGAAGAUAUUAAACUUCCUCUGUCUUAUGUUGUAAAAACUAUUCUGGCACAAGUGCUUUGAGGACUGCAAAUACAAUUGUGUAGGGUCCUUAAAACAAAACACCUUUUCACUGACACUCUAAAAGUGUUAAAUAAAAUAGAAUUUCGAACCAAUAAGUGUAGUGGUUAGCAUGUUGUACUUGAAAGGUCUGGGUUCAAAUCCCCACUCUGGAAUGAGGGUUACUGGGUCACUAUGUCAGUCACUGUCUCAGUCACCUCAGGGAUGUUGUGAGGGUAAAAAAAACAAAGACACAACCGUGUGCUCAUCAAGAUGAGAAUGUAUUUAUGCAUUUUAGGCGAAAACAGAAAUUGUGCGAAACAUUGUAGCUUAACACUGCAUAUUCAUGUUUUCUGUCUCCUCGAUCAUAUGAUUAACAACGUUAUUACAAAAGUGAAGGAGGUAUCUAAAGCUGCCUUUUCAGUCUUCAUUAAAAUGCCCCAAUACCCCCAGCUUCUUGUUACUUUUAUUUAUAUGUUGAGCCAUCUGUGUUUAUGGUGCUUUGCAUAUUUGUUUUUGUAGAAAAUAAGAUCAGUAUGAACUUAAAGGAGCUCAGGGACAUGAUCCAGCCAAAGCUGAGCAUGUUGAAGUCCAGUGAAAGCAACCUGCUGCUCAGUCCUAUGCAUUUUUCCUUAAAAGUCCAUUACCUUCUUCCGUGGUGCUUAUUCCCAAGAAGGUCUCCCUGGACAGCAGCCUUAAGCACAUGAUUCAUUCUCCCAUUCAAUUGUAAGGGACUCAAAAGUGCUUACCCAUGGUUGGAUUAAGCCCUCCAUUUUAUCAGCAAGAGAGAAAAGAAGUACAUAAAGGGAAAAAGGAAGGAUUAAAAAGAGAUGCAAGGAAUAAACAUGAGCAUAUUUGCAUAUAUUUAGGUUUUGUUUUCACUUGGGGAUACCAAGCUGUAGAGUCAACAUUAUUUGGAUAUUACUCAUGAGACUAUGUAUUCUAGCAAAAGGGUUUUUAAACACUGUACACAGUCUGGUAAUAAAGUCAAUUUAUAACCCAUGGACAUAAAAAGGGAAACUGUCACUCACUUCAGCGAUUAAAAAAACGUAGGUUGUUUCAUUAUUAAACUUCACCAACACGGGAAAUAGCUUUCAGGUCUAUAUUUCAGUCCUUUCAUUGUAAUGUGAGUUUUUGUUUGAUAUUACUCAUUUCUGGGACAUUCACCUGUUUUCUAAUUUUACUUCCCUUCCAGGCUUAUAAGAACUGCCCUUUUAGGGUUUCUUUUUAGCAACAAGUCUCUGAAAUUAGAAGAAUUGUAAGAUUUUCCAGAAUGGACAGAAAUUCCAUUGUGCCAUUUGCUCUUUUGUGUUUACAUUUUUUAGAGUCAUAUUUCUCUUUUCUUCAGAGGAAAUCUAGUGCUCUUAUGCUGUCAUUUUUCUCAGCAAUACUGUAAGUCAGUCUUUGCUUAAUAAACAGAUUAAACAGUA